GGGUACUCCGCUCCACUACUAACCCACCUCUACACGACCACGAGACCUCCUAGCUCGUUCUCUCCUCCAACCUCGCGACAUCGCGAUCCACCUCUCAACACCACCAAUACGUCUAAAGUCUUCACGCGCGCGCCAAACCCCUUCGUAGACACCACCUCUAAAGAACACCACAAGUCUGAACGGUCUUCGGGGAAUUUGGCUGUCGUCGUGGUGCAGUUUGCGCCCGUAGAGGUGCGAGAAGAGGUGAUAAGUUGAGGGUUUUCGUAUUUCGUCGGUUGUUUACAGUCGAAAGGUGGGGGUCCAAUCGAAUGCACAAUUUUUUCAGGUGGAAUAGCGCGCCGGGCUUCUGAUUUGUGAUGGGGCAGUAGGCAACAGAAAUCAUAACUUCGCGCGGUUCCUGCCGAGGUGUUCGGAGCUCUCGUCGUCGUGCCACCGCAGGGAAAUGUGGGAUGUGGCCGUGGCUGGAGAAGAUUGCGUCCGCGUGCUUGGACCGGGUCCGGAGGUACUCGCUUACGAGGAGGGAUGAGGACGGCGGCAGUGGCAGCGGCAGCGGCGCCGACGCCGACGCCGACGACCUGCUGCUCUGGUCGCGGGACCUCGAUCGGCACGCGGCCGGCGACUUCUCCUUCGCCGUCGUGCAGGCCAACGAGGUGCUGGAGGACCACAGCCAGGUCGAGACCGGCGCCGCAUCCACCUUCGUCGGCGUCUACGACGGACACGGCGGCGCCGAGGCGUCCCGCUUCAUAUCUAACCACCUCUCCGCACACCUCGUCCGUCUCGCCCAAGAAAGUGGAACAGUGUCCGAGGAUGUUGUCCGAAAUGCCUUUUCUGCUACAGAGCAAGGUUUCAUGUCGCUUGUGCGCAGGACACACUUAAUAAAACCUUCUAUUGCUGCUAUUGGGUCUUGUUGUCUAGUUGGUGUCAUAUGGAGAAAAACGCUGUACCUGGCCAAUCUUGGCGAUUCCCGGGCAGUUGUUGGUUGUUUAACUGGAUCGAACAAGAUUGUUGCUGAGCAGUUGACGAGAGACCACAACGCAAGCAUCGAGGAAGUGAGGCAGGAACUUAGAUCUCUUCAUCCCGACGAUUCACAAAUUGUUGUUAUGAAGAAUGGUGUUUGGCGCAUCAAAGGCAUUAUACAGGUUUCAAGGUCAAUAGGUGAUGCAUAUUUAAAGAGGCAAGAAUUUGCUGUCGAUCCAUCCAUAACUCGAUUCCACCUCUCCGAGCCUCUCCGCCGACCCGUUCUAACGUCGGAGCCAUCUAUAUGCACAAGACCCAUUCGUCCACAAGAUAGUUUUGUUAUCUUCGCAUCGGAUGGAUUGUGGGAGCACCUUACAAACCAGCGGGCUGUUGAAAUUGUGCACAACAAUCCACGAGAAGGUAUUGCAAGAAGGCUAGUAAGAGCAGCUCUGAAAGAAGCUGCACGUAAGAGAGAAAUGAGGUACAAUGAUAUUACAAGACUGGAGAAAGGUGUUCGUCGAUUCUUCCAUGAUGACAUCACGGUUGUUGUUGUUUUUAUUGAUCAUGGGCUACUGCAAGAGGGGAAUGCUUCUGCUCCUGAACUUUCAGUUCGUGGGUUUCUUGAGUCAGGAGCCCCCUCCACCUUUUCAGGGUUAAAUAGCAUUCCUUGAUACAUUAACCUGACCUUAAUUUUUUCGUUCC